AUGCUAGUACAUGUGGGGUUUUUCAACUGGGUCCAGUUUUCCAACGAGCCGUGCGACGUGGGCGACGGACUCCGGGGGGUCUGCUUUACCAGCGCCGAGUGCAGUCUCUACGCCGGGCGCGUGUUGGGUUCCUGCGCCCAGGGAUACGGCGUCUGCUGCCAGGUGGCCCGUACGUGCGGACAGACGAUAACUUUCAACAACAGCUACUUCGUGGACCCCACCUGGAUUGGUGGCACUGUCCCGAAUGGGGGACACUGUAGCGUGGUGGUGCGUACGGGGACACACGUCCGGGUGUGUCAGCUCAAGCUGGAUCUGGAACGCUUUGACAUCGUGGGGCCGGACGUCUUCGGCCAUUCGGGUGGAUGCACUCACGACAGCUUCGCCGUCACCGGCCAGGACAGCAACGGCGCCGUCCCAGUCAUCUGCGGUGUGAACCAUGGCCAGCACAUGUACGUGAGUGUGACCCAGUCGGCGGGACCGGUGCAGUUGUCCGUGUCUCUGGCGCCGAAUGUCACACAGAGGACCUGGAAAAUUCGUGUCAUCCAAAUUCCCUGCGGGAGCCCACGGCUAGCGCCGACGGGCUGUCUGCAGUACCAGGAGAAACCAUCCGGCCUGGUGUCCAGCUUCAAUUACGACGCGGACUCGAGACCCGAAGGCGGUUACCCGAACCACCUGCGCUACUCGGUCUGCUUCAGGAAGGCACACGGAACCUGCACCGUCCGCUUCAGCAAGCAGGGACCCUUCGGCGUCGGUGCACGACCUCGCGGGGCCCCUGACGAAGUACUCAUCAACCGGUGCCAGAACUUCGAGCUGGGUUCCCCGGCGCAGAGCGACUUUCUCCUUCUCGGAGUGCAGCCGUACUGCGGAGACGACUUCCCGCCUUACAUCGAGACCGGUAUGUAUAAAGCACUCUGUGAACCAUAG